CACGCCCCCGAUGCCAUGGCCACGCCUCCCCUAAGCCACGCCCCCGGGGAAUCCCUUCUCGUCUCCGGCGUGACGUCAGCGCGCUCUGCGUCACGUCCGGCGGCGCACCCGGAAGUGGCGUGGGCCGGUUGCCAUGGGGCGGCCCGGGAGGAGCAGAGCAGGGAUGGCCCAGGGGAGCUCGGGUGUUCCUGGUCCCUCCGAGGUCACUGGCUGAGGCUCCACAGCUCCUGCUGCUGCCCCCAUCCCAAAAUGGGCAGGAUCAGCAUCUCCUGCCUGCUCCCGGCCUCGUGGCACUUCAGCCUCUCUCCCGUGGGCUGUCCCCGCGUCCUGAACGCGUCCCUGCGGCAGCUGCUGCUCCUGGCGGCGGCCGCGGCUGCGGCGGCGCUGCUGCUCUGCUCCCUGCUGCUGCUGCGGGGCAGGCCCCGGGAGGGGAGAUUCCACAGGUACCUGGCCAGGGUGACGGACACAGAGGCCACGGACACCGGGAACCCCAACCUGAGCUAUGGCAUCGUGGUGGACUGCGGCAGCAGCGGCUCCCGCGUCUUCGUCUACUGCUGGCCCCGGCACAACGGCAACCCCAAGGACCUGCUGGACAUCCAGCAGAUGAGGGACAGCUCCAGGAAACCCGUGGUGAUGAAAAUCAAACCAGGGAUCUCGGAGUUUGCCAGCUCUCCCGAGCAGGUCAGCGAUUACAUCGCGCCCCUGCUCAGCUUCGCCGCCCAGCACGUGCCGCGCUCCAAGCACCGCGAGACGCCCCUCUACAUCCUGUGCACGGCGGGCAUGAGGAUCCUGCCCGAGAGCCAGCAGAAAGCCAUCCUGGAGGAUCUGCUCACGGACAUCCCUGUGCACUUCGAUUUCCUCUUUUCUGACUCCCACGCUGAGGUGAUUUCUGGGAAGCAGGAAGGAGUCUAUGCCUGGAUUGGGAUCAACUUUGUCCUUGGGAGGUUUGAGCACACGGACGAUGAGGAUGAGGCCGUGGUGGAGGUGCAGGUCCCGGGCAGCGAGCACCACGAUCCCGUGUUCCGCAAGAGAACCGUGGGGAUCCUGGACAUGGGCGGAGUCUCCACACAGAUCGCCUACGAGGUGCCCCCAAGUGAGGAGGUGGCCAAGAGCCUGCUGGCCGAGGUGAACCUGGGCUGCGACGCCCACCAGACGGAGCACGUGUACCGCGUGUACGUGGCCACCUUCCUGGGCUUCGGCGGCAACGCCGCGCGCAGGAGGUACGAGGAGAGCCUCCUCUCCAGCAGGAACAGGCAGGCCGGGCUCAGCCCGCAGGCCCCUCUCCCGGACCCGUGCCUGCCGCGGGACGCUCCGGACGAGCUGCGGCUCCGGGGGCUGCGGCUGCACCUGCGCGGCACCGGCGACUUCCAGCUGUGCCGGGAGCGGCUGCGGCCGCUGCUGAACCGAACCAACGGCACCGGCAGCUCCCUGAACGGCGUGCGGCAGCCGCCCCUGCAGCUGCAGAGCAGCGAGUUCUACGGCUUCUCCGAGUUCUACUACUGCACCGAGGACGUGCUGCGCAUGGGCGGCGACUACAGCGCCGCCAGGUUCGCCAGAGCUGCACAGGAUUACUGUGCCACCCGCUGGUCGGUGCUGCGGGAGCGCUUCGAGCGCGGCCUCUACGCGCCCCACGCGGAUCUGCACCGGCUCAAGUUCCAGUGCUUUAAGUCCGCCUGGAUGUUCGAGGUUUUCCACCGCGGCUUUUCCUUCCCGGAGAGCUACGGCAGCCUGAAGACGGCGCUGCAGGUCUACGACAAGGAGGUGCAGUGGACGCUGGGGGCCAUCCUGUACCGCACCCGCUUCCUGCCCCUCAGGGACAUCCAGCAGGAGAAUUUCCGUGGGAUUCACUCUCGCUGGAGGAGCUUCUCCUUCGUCUACAACCCCUUGCUGUUCCUGGCCUGCUUCCUGGUGGUGCUGCUCUCCAUCCUGCUCUACCUGCUGCGCCUGCGCCGCAUCCACCGCCCGCCGCCCGCCCCCUCCCCGCCCCUGUGGCUGCAGGAGGGGCUCCCCGCCCAGAAAUCCCCCAAAAUCCCGGGGUAGGGCUCCGGGCUGCAGGAUCCAUCCACACACACACACAGAAAAAAGCCAUUUUUGCCUCAGGGUUCCUCCUUUUUUUGCCCCCUUCUUUUGGAGGAGUUGGGAAUUCCAGGGGAAUGGGGUGGUGAGGGAAAAAUGCCAAAAAUAAAAAUGACUUUUUGCUGGGAAUGUUGCACUUGGGGGUGUGCAGGAGAGGAGGAGUUGAGUUCCCACCUUUGGGAGAGGCUGAAAUCCCAGAAUGAGCUUGGGUUUUCCUUGCUGGAUUCCAUCCCUGCCCUCACUUUGGACUCUCAAAAGUUCCAAAAGCAGGAAAAAAAUAAACAACAACAACAACAAACCCUUUUAGGAUAUUUUCUGUGAUUUUCCCUUCUGGGAUGGAGAAGGAAAAUCCCUCACACCCAACGCUGUGCUUCCAUCAAAAACUGCUUCCAUCACUCUGCUCCCUCUUUUUUCUCCUUGGAAAAGGGAAAGGAUUUCUCCUUUUUCACCCAGUGGCUGCUUCUGAUCCCAAAUUUCUGUUCCAUCACCGUGGAGAGACCUCCCAGAAGCUCCAGGAAUGUGCAGAGAACUGGAAAAGCAGAGGAGAACCUGCCCAGGGUCUUUCCAAGUCCUCUGGUAAUUUAUAUUUUAUUUAAAACUUGUUGGUUUUACUUGAAAGUCAAAUUGUCCAUGAUUAAAGUGGGAUUUCUAUGAA